AUGUAUCUAUAUCUUGACUCUCUUCCUCUCUCUCUCUCUUUUCUCUUUCUUCCCUCCCUACACACCCUCCCUCUCCCCCUAUCUCUCGCACCACUUAUCUCCCCCUCUUCUCUUCUCUCUCUCCCCUCUCUCAGUGUCAUUUGGGGGCACUGGCAUCAAACAAGUAUCAAUUCCAGUUUGCUUUCUUUUACAACUUUCCAUUGUUCGAUUUCCUUUUACCUUUUUUGCAUUCUUUUUUUUUCUUUCUCUCCACUUCAUCAUUAUUUCAUUUUGCUCUUUUCUUUUUUCAUUUCACAAUCUUCUGAAUUGUGUCUCCAUUUUCACGGCUAUAUUAUUUGUUUCUUUUUCACUGUUUUCCUAUCUUCCUGUUUUUCUCUUUUCUCUCUCUCUUGCUCUCUCUGCUCUUGUAUCUGUUCUAUGUAUCCAUUUUUAUUUCCUUCCCACUCUUUUUUUCCUCUUAAAUCUCGUUCUCUCUCCUCUGUCCGUCCUUUUAAUCGUUUUCUCACUCCUUUUUAUACUUUACACCUAGUUCUUUUGGGCAAAGACUCCUUAACCAAAACCACAUGUAUUUCUACUAUUUUUGCUUCUAUAAAUUAUUUCACUUUCUUUUCUCUAUAUUUACUAUUUUUUUUUAUUCCAUUCAUUUUCCUCUUCGUUUUCUCAUUCUUCUUACGAUCAAUUUGGUUUUCUUUUUUUCUCCCCAUUAUAUUUCUUAUUUUUUUGAUGAUACCCCUUAUUCCAUUUACAUUCUUUCUCCUUCUCCUUUCGAUCCACCCGCCCCCCCCUCUUGAUUUCUUUUCUUAUAUUCGUUCAAUUUUCUUUUUUCAAUUUUCUACUUUCGAAUCGAUCUCGUCAUUUUCUACGUCUUUCCUUCUUUUGUUGUUAUUCUUCUUAAUAUUAUUUUCGUCUUCUUUUUCUUCUUGUUGUUGUCCUUUUUCUUCUUAUUAUUAUUCUUUACCACCUCCACAUCCUCCUCCUCCUUCUUCUUCUUCUUCUUCUUCUUCUUCUUAUUAUUAUUAUUAUUAUUAUUAUUAUUUACCUAAUAUUCUAAUAUCUCUCCCCUCCUCCUCGUUCUAUUAUUAUUAUUAUUAUUUACCUACUCUUCCUCCCCUCCUCCUCCUUGUAGUUGUUGCUGAUGUUUUGUUGUUAUUUUCUUCUUCUUCUUCUUCUUCUUCUUCUUCUUCUUCUUCUUCUUCUUCUUCUUCUUCUGACACUGUCAACUGA